GUCGUUACUUCGUAAAAUUCGGAGGAGACAGGGCAACAUACUUGCCCUUUUCCGGAUUUCAACAUUUAUGGCAGUAAAAAACCGUGGCUCUUGACGCAGACGACAAAUGCUACAUCACUGGAAUUCAACUCUUUGAUAGCGUAUGCGACAGAAAAAUGCAGGCGCUGGUAGUUUUUUUUUUGCGAGCAGAAGAAAUAUCAGCUCGCAAAGCAGCUACAAGACCAACUACAGUGACUGCAUUAUUCUAGACGAAAUACGCCAAAAAGAAAAACUGUGUCGAAAAAGAAUACCUUUCAUCUUUUAGGAAAGCCUUUUUUACUGAUGGUGAAGGAGCGGAAACCCGCCGAAAGUAGGCUAGGUCAUGCGCUUUAAUGUCGUAAUUUUGUCCAGUUGUCGUGUGAGCAAGUACUAGUGGCUUUAUUGCUCCAAGAGCCUUCGGCUUUUGUAGCAGCAGAAGAAGAAGUCCUCGCCUGUGCUUGUUUUCGACUGGUAUGGAAUUUGCCACCAAAAAAGAUGAAACUUCUUUUCGAUAAUCUUUUUUACUGCAUACUUUGAAAAAUCGAAAUUUUGCUUUACGUUGCAUUUCUUCUUUUU